AUGUCCGCGCCUCAUCACGCCGGGAGGAGCCCCCCGCGGUGCGACCCCUUCGACCUCAUCCGCGACGCGAGCGCGCGCGGGAUCGCGCCGCGAGGCGACGGGCGCGAACGAGGAAACGCGGCCGAGCCGUGUCAAAGGGAGGAGGCGGCGGAGGUUGAGGAGGUUGAGGAGGUUGGGGCGGUUGGGGUGGAACCUCCGCGACCGGCGUCGCCGACGCCCGCCGCGCCGCGCGCCCUCCACCGGACCGCACGCCGCGAAAGGAACAGCUCGGUCGCGCGCGCGGAGCUCCUGGAGAUGGAGCGCGAGGCUCGAGCGCUCCGAAAAGAAGAGGACGCGUGGUAUGUAAGAGACGGUAUAUGCGCAAAGGUCCCACCGCGAGUUGUUCGCGAGGACGCGUCGCGUCGAGUAAACCGAGAAGAACCCGCGCGGUGCCGCGUCCCGAGGUAUCCGCCGCCGCUCCCGAGGUCCCUCGAGGUGGUGCCGACGAUCUUCGUCCUCGAAGCCAAGGCGCGGCGCGAGGAGGAGGAGGUGAGCGCACAGAAGCGGCGCGCUCUCGCCGCGGCGUGGGCCAAGGUCAAGUCCGUCGCCGCGUCGUCGCGGGCGAGGGCCGCCGCGCUCGCGACGGAACGCGCGCGGGACGAGGCGGAACGCGCGCGAGCGGAGGCGGAGGAGGCGGUUUUAGCGGCGAGGGCGGCGCGGGAUAGCCUCGAAAAGAUCCAGACGCGUGUGAGAGGUUCCGAUGAGAGGUUCCGAUGA